AGUGUGGCUACAGGCACAGCGUUACUUUUGGCGACUUCUUUUGUCAUCAUGUUGCUGGAUACAUUUUGCUGGGUUUUUAUUAUUUGAGGUUUUUGGUCGGUGUCAUUCCGUUAAUUUAUGUGCUUCGACAUUCGUGUUGCUUUGAUUUAACUUAUUUGAUUCACCGAGCACAAAAACGAUUGAGAAAGACUGCUGUGUUGGAGGGAGUCGGGAUGGGGGCGACUGUGAUUUCAAUGUUGGAAUACUAGCCGAUUUUACGUCGAUCCCAUAAAUAAAUUGGAAAUAUAAACCCAGGCGCAUGUGACACGGUUGGAUUUCUAAAAGAAGUGACCAUGGGCUGCAUCAAGAGCAAAGAGGAAAAAGGCCCCACCAUGAAGUAUCGGCCAGAUAAUGCUCCACCCUCUGAUGUCGUCGGCCCCCACGUUGGCCAUUACGGCCCUGACCCCACCCAGCUGCAGCAGAACCAGUCGCCCCCCUCGGGUCCCGCCACAGGUUUCAACCCCCACGCCAUCACCCCGUUCGGAGGAGCCUCCUCCAUCAUGACCCCAUUCGGAGGGGCAUCGACCUCCUUCUCUGGCGCUCUCCCCGGCACGUUCCCCGGCGUCGUCUCUGGUGGGGUCACGUUCUUUGUGGCCUUGUACGACUAUGAAGCUAGAACCUCGGACGAUCUGUCAUUCAAAAAGGGGGACCGCUUCCAGAUCAUCAAUAACACGGAGGGGGACUGGUGGGAGGCCCGCUCCAUUAACACAGGGAAGAAGGGUUACAUCCCCAGUAACUACGUGGCUCCGGCUGACUCCAUCCAGGCUGAAGAGUGGUACUUUGGCAAAAUGGGACGUAAAGAUACUGAGAGGCUGCUGUUGAAUCCAGGCAACAACCGAGGCACCUUCCUUGUGCGAGAAAGUGAAACCACUAAAGGUGCCUAUUCUCUCUCCAUACGAGACUGGGACGACGCCAAGGGCGACAAUGUGAAACACUACAAGAUCCGCAAACUUGACAACGGAGGCUACUACAUCACCACGCGGGCCCAGUUUGACACCUUGCAGAAACUGGUCAAACACUACACCGAGCACGCAGACGGGCUGUGUCACCGGCUGACCACAGUUUGCCCCACGGUGAAACCCCAGACCCAGGGCCUGGCCAAGGAUGCCUGGGAGAUUCCCCGGGAGUCCCUCCGCCUGGAGCUUAAACUGGGCCAGGGCUGCUUCGGAGAGGUCUGGAUGGGCACGUGGAACGGCACGACCAAGGUGGCGAUAAAGACCCUAAAACCCGGAACCAUGUCCCCGGAGGCCUUCCUCCAGGAGGCCCAGAUCAUGAAGAAGCUGAGGCACGACAAACUGGUGCCCCUCUACGCCGUGGUCUCCGAGGAACCCAUCUACAUCGUCACAGAAUACAUGGCCAAAGGAAGUCUUCUGGAUUUCCUAAAGGAGGGAGAUGGUAAAUUUCUUAAGCUUCCGCUACUGGUGGAUAUGGCAGCCCAGAUCGCAGACGGUAUGGCUUUUAUCGAGAGGAUGAACUACAUACACCGGGAUCUGCGCGCCGCUAACAUCCUGGUCGGGGACAACCUGGUCUGCAAGAUCGCCGACUUUGGCCUUGCCAGGCUAAUCGAGGAUAACGAGUACACGGCCAGACAAGGAGCCAAAUUUCCCAUCAAGUGGACUGCCCCCGAGGCUGCCCUGUACGGCCGCUUUACCAUCAAAUCAGACGUCUGGUCCUUCGGCAUCUUGCUGACCGAACUGGUGACCAAGGGCAGGGUGCCAUACCCAGGCAUGGUGAACAGGGAGGUACUGGAGCAGGUGGAGCGGGGUUACCGUAUGCCGUGCCCACAGGGCUGUCCCGAGUCCCUCCACGAAAUGAUGAAGCUGUGCUGGAAAAAGGACCCAGACGAGAGACCCACCUUCGAGUACAUCCAAUCCUUCCUGGAGGACUACUUCACAGCCACAGAGCCACAGUACCAGCCGGGGGAUAACCUAUAGUCAGGCCUGACCGCUGCGCAGCCCUGGCUAGACCGCUUCACCGUGCAAACGUAUCCCUCCGCCCAGGGGGGAGCAGACUCGGAUACAGUAGCAUGGAGAUGAAAUACUUUGAACAAUGUGCUUCAGAAAAGCCAAUUGGAAGCUUGGUUAUCGAGUUGCACAAACCACUGCUAUCCUUGAUGAUAAAAAUGAAUAUUUGUUUUAUUUCCUUGUUUUUAUUUCAGACACUAAUUUUCAUGUUUAUUUUGUUUUUAUUUCAGGUACUACAGGUAUUCGUUUGUAUGACUUUACUCCAUUUGUUUCUUUGUGUUUUCUCUUAUUCCUCAGUUUUUUCAUGUGGUUAUAAUGGUAAUUUUCUUUCUUUUUUAAGUGACCAAUCAUUCUGUUGUUGUUUUAAAUAUCUUUGUUGAACUGUGAAAAUGGCACAUUGGUGAGGGAGAGAGAGAGAAAGCUAGCCCAUUAGAUAGGGGCCCUCGGAAUGAGAACUCUUCGAAAUGGAGGAUGAUAGGGAAGGAUGCAAAGAACAGGCAUAUUUGUUGUGCACUGUGGAAAAACUUCACAUAAGAUGUUUCCGUACUGUGUUCAGUACAUUUAAUCAGUUCAAUCGGAAAAUGCUUUUUUUCUCCUUUUCUGUUUUUCUGAAUGAUUGACUUGAGUGGUACGGACCAGGAGCAGUUGAGUGGGUCUGUCUUGUCUGCUCAUUUUUUAAAUUUCAUUUCUGUUUGUUACUUUUUGUUAUGUGGUUAAUUAAUUAUUCAUAUCAUGGACAGGAUUCAUGUGAAGCUCUUGCUUGAGUCCUUCAAUUACAACUGAGAAAUACACUAUGGCCAUUGUGUUAUAGGUACUGUGCUAUGCCAAGUUGCAUAACCUCUCUAACGAUCAUUACAGAGUACGAAUGAACCAUGUCUGCAUACCCUAUGUUGGACGAAGCGAAGGUUGCCAAGUCAGUUUUUCUUUUUCCCCACUAAUUCUUAUAUUGAGGUAUAAGGGUGGAAAGCUGGUCCUAGAUAGAUAAACCCUGCCCCCUCCCGAUGCCUUGAAUCACUGUGAGAUGGGGAAUAAUUCACCUAUCAGCUGGCAGAGCCCACAGCUCUGUAAAACACUAAGCAACAUGCCAAUGCAGCUUGUCUACACUACUGGGGCCAAUGUUGAAGGAUUUGGUAUUAUGGGCAAAAUUUACCUAGGAUCUGAAUGAGUCAGAAUUUUAAUAUUUGGAGUUAAUCACCUGAUCUGGCUACGACAUGACAGCAAAACCAUCUACACAUCUGUUAAAGGGGGCUUAGCCUUGUCCUUCACUUACAUGGGGAACUCCUUUAACACAUGUUCUGUUGGAUUUUAGACUCCUCCUCACUGCUCGGUUCAUUGUCACACCGGCGCAUGGUCGAAAAGGAAACUUUGUGGGAAAUGAUUGCCAAAGCACCUGAAAUCGUUUUACCUACAUGUGAUUUUAUCGUGUGAAUACACUUUUAUUCAGUCUAUGGUUUCAGCCUAGAUACAAAGAGGAUGAGUUUCGAUUCUGAUAUCUUAAGUUUUAAAGCGGUAGUCAAAACCAGUGAAAAGUACAUUUCAAGACUGUAAAUGGGGACACUAAGGUGUUAUUAAUGUUAUGGCACAUCCACAGCUGUCAUUUUACUCCAUUGUUUUUGUUUAAGUUGAUUUGGUUCAGUGUUACAUUUGAUUAUGCAUAGUUGCAUAGAUGGGGUAAAAACACUGGUUGUCAACUCGGGUUUUAAAGAAGGGCUUUGUACCAAGUCUUGAAAUCCUCAUUUUAUAAACAUUGACAAUAAAGAGUAGAGUACAAGUUAUAAAGUUGGGGGAAAUAAAUAAUGAUGGUUUAGAUACUAAUCUGUAGAAUUUGUACAGUUGGAAAAUAAAACAAUUCUGAUUUUAAUUUGU